GCAAUACUAAAAAAAGUAUACAAAUAUAUUUUUUCAAAAUACAUUGAUUAUUAAGUCAGUCAGUCAUUCAUUCAUUUGUUAUAUUUUAGUUUUAUGGAACUUAGAAAGUAAAUGAAGUAAGAAGAUUAGCAAAGUGGUGAGUAAAAAUAUUUUACUCUCUUAGAGAGCAGCAGCAGUUUUAUUAUUGAAUGUACGUAAAAAAAAAACUUUAAAAUUGAUAGUAAACUUGUUAUCAACAAGAAAUCUCAAGCAAUUAAGCUAUGUGGAUAGGAUUACAUAGAUGAUAAAAUAAUAAAUGUUUAAUAAUUCGAUGCGAUACUUGGAGUUAUUUAAAUAUAAGAUUUCUCAUUUCUUCUUGUAGUUAAAGAAAAGACAAAGGUUGCUACACUCCUUUAGCAGCAUGAUGUUUAUGAAAUUUAAUCUGUUUAGUUCUUUAAAAUGUCAGAUUAGCAGAUAACUUAAAAGAUUAAAGAGUAUAUGGAAGGUGUAUAAUAAAUUUUGCAGAGUAAUCACUAUUUUUCUUACACAUACCCACUUGAUCAAAGCAGGUAUAGUAUAAACCACCCUGUAGAAGGAGAAGAUAUUUUUACGUGGAAUAAAAAAAUAUCCAGUAAUUUUACUCUUUAGAAUAUAGAUCCUAUUUGGAUAGUAAAAAUCAUAUAAGGAUAUGUAGGACAAUUUAAAUAUACCACUAAUAAAUAAAAUAUAAACAUAACACUUAUAUGUCGUCGUUCUUUCAAAAGAGGAGGCACUCGGUAUAUUCACAGAGGAGUUGAUUCUGAUGGUUAUGUAGCUAACUAUUGUGAGAACGAAUAAAUAAUUGAAUCUAAUGAAUACAUAUUUAGCAAUAUAUUGAUUAGAGGAAGUGUACCAAUAUUUUGGGAACAGGUGGGCGUAUAGGCUCACUUAAAGCUGACUAGAGGAGAUAAAUUAAAUGAGUAAGCCUAUGGAAAGCAUUUUGACAUGCUAGAAAAGAUGUACUUUUAAGGAUUAGCUAGAGGAAAAAUUCAUAUUUUUAAUUUAAUGAUGUAGAAUGAUAAAUAUGAGUAAACACUUAGCGAUUCGUUUUAAGCCAAUCACUUAAAAUACUAAACAAAAUAUAAAUAAAUUUCUUAAAAGGAAAAUAGUAUGUAUGAUUUUUUUGAUUUCCAUAAAAGAGCUAAUGAGUUAGAUGAGUAUGUUUAUAAUAUUAUGCAUAAUACUUACGAUUAUGGAUAUUAUAAAGAAAUUAAGUCAAAACCUAUACUUUAUCAGUAAUAGGUUUGCUUCUUUAGAGUGAAUUGUAAGGACUGCUUGGAUAGAACUAAUUCUUUCCUCAUGAGAAUUGCUUUUUAUUAAAUUGAAUAAAUAUUAAGAUAAGAAUUGGGAAUUACAAUUAUUGAUUAAAAUAUCGAAUAACAAAUACACGCAAAUAAAUUAUUUGAUACUCAAGAUCCGUUAAUUUAAUAGCUCAAGUAACUUUGGGUAGAAAAUGGAAAUAGUAUAUCUAAUUUAUAUGCAGGAACUGAUUCUACAACUAAAAAAGCCUCAAGCGGAUUUUAAUAUAAAUUAAAUGCAUAUUUAAUUGGUAUGAAAAGGUUUGUCAAUUGUAACUUAAAUGACUCCUUUAAAAUGGAAUGCAUAAAUCUUAUAACAUGCCAGCAUUUUGAUUCAUUUUAUGAAAUAUCUGAAGAAAUUUAAGAAGCUUUAUAUAUGAAAAGAGAUCUCUUCUUAUAAAAAUAAAGAAUAAAAAUACAAAUUUUAAGCUGGAAUGUUAUGAGUUUAGUCCCUUAACCUUAAAUAUAAUUUAAAAAUUUCUUUGAUAGAAAUAAUGAAGAGAAACCUGAUAUAAUAGUAGUUGGGCUUUAGGAAAUAGUAAAGGUCAGCAAAUUUAAGAUAUAAAAUUUUUUUAGCAACAAUCAUGAUGAAAAAUCAGCUUAGUUAUGGGCUUAAAUUAUACAAAGACACAUCCAUGAGCAAGUUGAUAAAAAUUACAUGCUUAUUAGCUCUUCAGAUAUGAUGGGAAAUUUUUUGUAAGUUUAUGUAAACCCUUUAAUUAAAGAUAGCAUCAAAAAUGUAGAAACUGAAACAGUAAAGUGUGGGCUUGCAAAAAAAGCAGCUGAUGUUGGUGCUGUUAUUUGCAGGUUGGGAAUAAAUGAAACUUCAGUUUGUUUUGUUCAUUGUUUUUUACCAGGUGGAAGAAAUAAGAAAAAGGUUUAAUAAAGAUUUGAGGCUAUCAACCACAUCCAUAAUACAGCUUUUCAGAAAGAAAAAAAUGGAAAAACAAAAACAAAUAAAAUAGAUUAGUCAGAUUUGAUAUUUUUGUUUGGAGAUCUAAAUUUCAGAGUCGAUUUGGAAUAUGAUACUGCAAAUGAGAUGAUUUAAAAUUAUAAAUAUUACCUUUCAUAGGAACAAAUAAGUGAUGCAGUUAAAUAAAUUUAGGAAUUAGUUAAAAAAGAUUAGCUUAUAGAAUAUGAAUAACUUAAAAAUUAAUCAUACCUUAAACCAUAUAUAGAAGGAAUUAUAUAAUUUCCUCCAAAUUUUGUAGAUAGAACGAAAAAAAAAAGAACUCCUUCAUGGAGAGGAAGAAUUUUAUAUUGUUUAAAUGACGAGUUAUCAACAAUAAACCAAAGGUUCUAUAAUACAAUUUAAUAAAGCAAUGAGUCUGAUCAUAAACCUAUUACUUCGUUCUUUGAAAUUAGCACUCAAAAGAUAGAUCAAGAAAAAAGGAAUUAGAUUAUAUAGGAUUUAUUUAAAGAAAAAGAAAUAAGCAAUGAAAAAUAAAAUGACCUAUCUUGAUUUUAAGUUCAAAUCAUUUUUUACAAAUUAAAAAAAUAUCUUAAUAAAAUAAAUAAAUAAAUUUAAUUAACAAAAUUUAAAUAAUAAUUUAAUCCAUAUUUAAAUAUUUAUAUUAUUUAAAUAUUAAUAUGUUUUUAAUAUCAAAUUUAUAAUUACAAAUAUCAAGUUU